AUGGCGGCACGGUGUCGGUCCCCCUUCCAAACGCACAAACGCACGUGCCGUCGCAGAUCCACCGCCGGUCCUUACUCACAAAACGGAACCUGCAAGAGACAGCAACCCGGAACCGCUGGACCGACCGCAGGACAGACUGAGCAGACUGGGCAGUGCAAACAAACGCUCUGGCAUUUCCAAACCCAAAACCUUCGCCGAUGGCAUCCUUUUUUGUUGAGACUCACACCCGGGAUAGUCACCUGCCGAGACAAUGAGUACGAUGUACUCUUCGGCUUUCCCGACCACCGGACGACCCGGCGCCUCAAUUUCAUUCUAAUUUGUGUAGGGUCGGUCUGGGUGAUAUCUUCGCCUUACAAGUAGUCGCUUAGUCUGUCCGUUGCCUCGUCUUCCAAGGUUCGAGCGGACAGACUGUGCACAAAGCAGCAUUGGAUUGCGCCAGGCGUCCUACUUUGUCGAGCUUGAUUGCAGUCGCCCAAUAGGCUGAUUGUCUUGUCGUUCCGCGGCAAUACCAAAUAAUAAACCGAGCGCCGACUACCAACCCUUCGCCUUACCUUCCUAGCACACUGAGGCCAUCCGUCGUCCGUGGCGCUGAUUUGACGAGCUGGAAAUUCUGUUUCCUCAAUCAACGUUCAAUGGUCCUGUCUCGCCCGUUGCCCAACUCUCUCCCGGCCGAUAGGAGGGUGGGCGCAUGAGACGCUCAACUGGGCAAAUGCUCAUUUGGAAAUAAGCAUUGCUCGCACAAAGUCUGUGCUCGGUUGCUUUGAUGACAGAGUUCCCUUCUUGUUCCUGUUCCUGUUUUUGUUCCUGUUCCUACCCGUGCCGAAAGCGAGACAGCCGUGGUCCCUGAGACCCAAGGUUUCUUCUACCCCCCCCCUCUAGUUCUGCCCC